GCCCCAGUACAGGAGUAGCGCCAAAACCAACCACCAGAAAUUUUUUUUUUUUCUUUUUUUCCGUUGGUGAGUAUCUCCCUGUCUUAUCAUCUCCAAAUAGGAAUCCAUCCAUCAAAUUUGAACGGAAAGCUUACUUACUAGUUCAACCAUGGGAUGCUUAUCUCCAUCUCCUGUCUCUGCAAUAUCUUUCACUAACCCAACUCUCUCCAAAAGGGUCUCUUCAUCUUCUAUGUUCAUUCCCAAAGCCAUGAAAAAGGAGCUUUACUUUAACCAUGAUGGUUCAGCAACAAAGAAACUUCUGGCUGGGGUGGAUAUGGUGGCAGAGCUAGUAGGAGUAACUUUAGGUCCAAAGGGAAGGAAUGUGGUGUUGGAAAAUAAGUAUGGACCCCCUAAGAUUGUUAACGAUGGAGAAACAGUUCUUAAACAGAUUGAACUGGAGGACCCCUUGGAGAAUGUAGGAGUGAAAUUGGUGAGGCAAGCUGGUGCGAAAACAAAUGACCUUGCUGGUGAUGGUUCCACAACAUCUGUAGUUCUUGCUCAUGGUUUAAUCACCGAAGGGCUGAAGGUGAUUGCAGCUGGCACGAAUCCUGUCCAAAUUGCUCGUGGGAUUGAGAAAACCUCAAAAGCCCUUGUUUCCGAACUCAAAUUGAUGUCUAGAGAGGUUGAGGAUGAUGAGCUCUCCGAUGUUGCUGCAGUUAGUGCAGGGAAUGAUUAUACAGUGGGAAAUAUGAUAUCUGAUGCUUUUCGGAAAGUGGGAAGGAGGGGUGUGGUCACAAUUGAAAAAGGAAAGUAUAUUGAGAACAAUCUACGAAUUGUUGAAGGGAUGCAAUUUGAUCGUGGAUAUUUGUCCCCUUACUUUGUCACUGAUCGACGGAAAAUGACAGUAGAGUUCCACAACUGCAAGUUACUUUUGGUUGACAAAAAAAUCGCAAAUCCAAAGGAGAUGUUUAAAAUAUUGGACAAUGCUGUUAAAGAGAAGUACCCCAUAGUGAUAGUUGCAGAGGGCAUUGAGCAGGAAGCUUUGGCUCCAGUUAUUAGGAACAAACUCAAGGGUGUGCUGAAGGCUGUUGCUAUUAAGGCUCCUGCCUUUGGCGAACGCAAGAGCCACUAUUUAGAUGACAUCGCUAUCUUGACAGGAGGCACGGUAAUCAGAGAUGAUAUUGGAUUCACCUUAGAAAAGGCUGGCAAGGAGAUUUUAGGCUCUGCUACCAGGGUAAUGGUAACAAAGGAUUCCUCACUUAUAGUUACUGAUGGUAGCACUCAAGCAGCUGUUGAGGAAAGGGUUUCUGUGAUCCGUAAUCUUGUUGAGAACACUGAAGAAAAUUUUCAAAAGAGAAUACUGAAUGAAAGAAUAGCAAGAUUAUCAGGAGGAAUUGCCAUUCUACAGGUUGGAGCACAAACACAAGUUGAGUUGAAAGAUAAACAACUGAAGAUUGAAGAUGCUUUAAAUGCUACUAAGGCAGCAAUUGAAGAAGGUGUAGUUGUUGGUGGUGGAUGUAGCUUUCUGAGGCUAUCCACAAAGGUGGAUGGUAUUAAAGAGUUGUUGGAUAAUGAAGAACAAAAGAUUGGAGCUGAGAUCUUCAAAAGAGCUUUGAGUUAUCCUGCACGACUGAUAGCCAAGAAUGCAGGCGUAAAUGGCAACAUUGUCAUAAACCAGAUUCUAUCAAGUGAUGAUCCAAGAUAUGGAUACAAUGCUGCAAUAGACAGAUAUGAGGAUUUGAUAACCGCAGGAAUUAUAGAUCCAACAAAGGUAGUUAGAUGUUGUUUGGAGAAUGCUGCAUCGGUAGCCAAAACAUUUCUGACUUCCGAUGCUGUCGUAGUUGACAUUAAGGAACCACAACCGCUGCCAAGAAAACCAAUGUUAGGAAAUCCAGGUAUUGCACCUAUGGGCUUACAGUUAGGGGGCCAGAGCUUGUAACCCUGUUUCAGUUAGAUGAUGACACUGCUUCAAUCAAGUUAUCCAAAAUGGUGAAGGGAAUUUUAGGAAGUGACACAGUAACAAAACAGAAGUGGCAUAACUAGCUAGAUUUUUUUCAGUUUCCACAUCAAAAAGUUGUCAAACACUUGUCAGUAGCCAUAUGAGAUAUAGUCCUUUCACAUCAAGGAGGCAAGGGGCUGUUUUCCCUUAAAAGAACGCCAAGUUACUCCUCAAAUUUGUGUCCUAGACGGAAGAGUAAGGCGCCACGAUAAGGUGGUUUCACAGUUUGGCAGACUUCAGGUGGAAAAUGAUUUGAGACCAAGCGAUAAUGAUCUAACAAGCUUUUGAGUUGCGGUUGAAUAAAUAUUCCAACUAGCUUCAUAUACUGUGAACCUGCUGUAUAAUUAUUUAUGUUGUACAAAGGCUUAUGUGCUUUUCAUUUGGGAAAGUUCAGUUCUGCAUGCUUGUUGCUUGUACCUCUUUGCACAAUUGUAGACGACUUCUCCUUCAAUGCAAAUAAACUAUGAGAAGCGGAAAAAAAAUUACAAAUUUGGACGAA